AUGGAGCUGCUGAAGGCACCAGGAUUCUCUGACGAGGAGAGUUUUGUGCUCUGCGACGCUGCGACCAAGGGAUUCCCCAUUCUGCAUGCCAGCCUUGGAUUUCAAAAGCUGUACGGGCUUAGCCAGGAAGAGUGCACGGACAACCCGUGCGGAGCACUGAUUGGAGUUGAUGGCAUCCUGAAGGAUCCAUUGGCCCUCGCAGCUGCAGAACAGGAAACGGGAAGGACAGCAGGUGGACUCGCUGCGGGAUUCACAGUCAUGAACGACAUUAUGGUCGAGUACGUGGACAGUGCAGUGCAGCAGCGAGAAGCGGAUUUUCCAGCAGUUCUGACAGUCAAUCGUAAAAGCAAUGGCCAGUUAUUCACUUGCCAGAUGAGCCUCCUGCGGAAGCACCACCCAGAGCUUGGCUGGUCCUACAUGGUGGGCUUGCAGAAGGACGUCUCCAGUCACGUUCCUGUCUCCGAGCUGCUGAAGGCAGCUGCGCAGGGUCACGGUGGCUACAGGGCUCUCUGCAGCAGCCAAGCCCGACGCUGCAAGCUCGCGGAGCGCAUGCAGACAAAGGAAGCUGAAUCUCACUUCCAUGGCGUGAUGCGUGACGCUUGGCGCGAUGCAUUGUCACGGCAAAUGGAUGAAGCAAACGGCAAAAAGAUGCAAAAAGCGCGCUCCAUGGAGGAGCGAACGAUCGCGAGUGUGAGCACGGCAUGCUCUUUGUCCAGCGUUGUGAAGAAGGACACAGAUCGGGAGGAUGAGCCUGUCCGAUGUGAUUUUCAGCGUAGCACUUCAUGGAGUCCAGAUGCCUGCUUUCAUCUGGGUGCAAUCGCCAAGACGAGCACCGGACUCACCGACACAAGCACAGAGAAAGCGCAAGAAGAAGUUAGUUCAACCCGCUUUCUGGAUCUUUUGGAGCCCUUUGAUGAUGACGAGUUG